AUGUUGCGCGCACACUCAGAACGCAGUUGCAUCAGAAAUGUGUAGGAAAUGGAAGUCGUGGAGCGUCGUUGACGAAUAUCUGACAAAUUAUUUGGAAUACAUCGUAUUCGUUCAAGUCGCAACGAUGGCUUCCGCUGAACUGGUUGUCCAGAGUUUAUCUUUUUUACUCUGCAUUGGAAGGAGAGAGAUAAACUGUAAACUAGUGCAGCAAGUUUAGCUACAAAGAACAGAUCUAUUGUGUUUUGAAGGAAGAAAGUGCAGCUGAAACGAACAGAUGAUCCGUUAUGGAGAUGUCGCUUCUGUGUUUAUUUUGGCGGGAAAGUCGCACGGCAGUCCUCCGUCAUCCGUUGUCGACUGGUAUGUUCUGACUGUUCUGGUGUGUCUGUUACUUCUUUUGCGAGAAAGAAUCGUAAAUCAGCAAUUUUCCGGAAAAACUGUAUUCCGUCAACAGUUCAGUUGAUAUUUUGAAUCAGUGCCUCAACGAAUUCAGCGAUAUUUUUUCUUAUUAAAGUUUUCGUUGAACUGAAUUAUUUACGCUACGUUGUUUCUUGCAACAACCUAAUAAAUAUCAAGCUUUGCACAAUAUAUGUAUGGUAAAGCAGCUCUUGAAGCUUUUAUAAAAAUGUCUGGCUCCGCUAGCAAACUGUAUAAACAUCCGUUCACUGUAUGCGUUGAGGGCAAUAUAGGAAGUGGUAAAACAACAUUUCUAAGUCAUUUCAAAAAAUUUGACAACGUCACUGUAUUAGAAGAACCAGUCGAGCUUUGGCGUGAUGUGUCUGGAACAAAUUUAUUGGAAUUAAUGUACAGUAAUCCAUCUCGAUAUGCUUUCCUGUUUCAAUCUUAUGUACAAUUGACCAUGCUACAAUUACAUACUUGUAAGACACCAUCACCUUAUAAAAUUAUGGAAAGAUCUGUCUAUAGCGCAAUGUGUUUUGUUGAAAAUUUGAAACGUAAAAACAUAUUGCAUGAUGCUGAAGUUACUGUUUUAGAAGACUGGUACAGCUGGGCUUUAAAAAAUGCCAAUAUAGAAACUAACUUAAUAGUAUAUCUAAGGACAACACCUGAGAUCGUAUACAAUCGAAUGAAACAACGAGGUCGGAAGGAGGAAAACACAGUUUCAUUGGAAUAUCUUAAGCAUAUGCAUCAAAUUCAUGAUGACUGGCUGUAUCAUCAAACUCUGAAACAAAUACCAGCGCCGGUUAUAAUAAUAAACGGUGAUCGAGAACUCCCUGAAAUGGUGAAAGAAUUUGAUAAAUGUAAAAAUGAAAUUUUUAGCAAGGUAAUAGAGGAUAAUGGUGUAAAUAAUACGAUAACUACGGUACCGACUAAUUGCAUACUACCAGAACUUAAAACUGGAAUAUCAGAUUAAAAUGUAUAAAAUAAAAAUGCAAAGAAAUGACUACUUAUACAACUAUAAUUUAAAAUUUCAAAGUCAUGCAUUUAUAUAUUUUGAUUAAUUUUUGCAUACGAAAAAAUUUUGACAUUGUGAUAUUCUUACUAUUGCAUAUAUAUUUCUUUUGCUAUUUCUUAGUGAAUAUAAUUUAAUGUUUAAUUUAUAUAAAAUAUUUUUUAAACAUGAUUUCAACAAUCAUUCUCAAUGCUUAAAUUACAAAAUUAAUUUGACAAUUUAAGUUAUUUAAAGACCAUUCACAUUGGUGAUGCAACAGAUAUUUUAUUGACUUAUUAUUGGCGUUUUGAUUAGUGUUUUAAGAAUAAAUAUCUGUUUAUGCAUUUAUAAUCUCUUGUGUGUAUUAGAUAUAAUUAAUUUUUUUAUUAGUAGAUGAGUACAAAUUAAUAUACAUAUAUCGGUUUCGUGUAUGCUUUAAUUAGGAAAUAGGUAUCUCAGAAAAAUGUUUAUGCGCGUAGGACGCGUAAAAUUUGAUAAUCUUAUGUGCAAAAAACGUGAGUGUAAAAAUUAUUAGAAAGAUUAUUGUUGAAUAUACUGAAUGCAUUAAA